GUCGCCGCCCUCUGAUAAUGCAGCAUGGGCGAAAAUACCAGAGCGAAGAGCUACAGCUGAGGAAGCAGAGCCUUGUACUGUUAACGUUUUUGGACGAUUGAACGAAAGUGAUGUUCCAACAAUGCCGAUAGUGGAUAAACUCAAGGAGGCAUUAAAACCUGGUCGAAAGGAGACGGGUGAUGAGGGUGAUCUUAACAAACUGUUGGCCUCUUCUGCCAAGAAGGUGCUCUUGCAGAAGAUAGAGUUUGAGCCUGCCAGCAAGGGGUUUUCCUAUCAACUGGACAGCCUGAAGAACAAGUAUGUGAUCCUCAAUCCCAGGAAUGAGGGCGCUACAGGCCAGAAGGCCACAGAGCCCGCCCAAAUAAAGAGGCAAGUCUCAGAGAACGUCGUUGGGGGCCAGAGCGAUGGCAUCCCUGCCCCACAGAAGAUGCUCUUUCCAGGGAACAAGCUCACCCUUAAAUGGGAGCGUGUGUACAGGGUGGGAGCCGGUCUCCACAACCUAGGAAACACCUGCUUCCUCAACUCCACAGUGCAGUGUCUCACCUACACCCCGCCGCUCGCCAACUACUUACUCUCAAAGGAGCACAGCCGUGCCUGUCACCAGUCAGGCUUUUGUAUGAUCUGUAUAAUGCAGAACCAUAUCAUCCAAGCCUUUGCCAACACGGGCAACGCCAUCAAGCCUGUCUCCUUCAUCAGAGACCUGAAAAAAAUUGCCAGACACUUUCGCUUUGGAAGCCAAGAGGACGCCCAUGAAUUUUUGCGGUACACCAUCGAUGCCAUGCAGAAAGCCUGUCUCAAUGGCUACCCUAAGCUUGACAGGCAGACCCAGGCCACAACGCUGGUUCACCAGAUCUUUGGAGGUUACCUCAGGUCACGAGUGAAGUGCUCUAUUUGUAAAAGCGUGUCAGACACAUAUGACCCUUACUUGGACAUCGCUGUGGAGAUUCGGCAAGCAGCAAACAUUGUGCGAGCCCUGGAACUGUUUGUUAAACCAGACGUGCUAAGUGGAGAGAAUGCCUACAUGUGUGCCAAGUGCAAAAAGAAAGUGCCAGCAACCAAGCGCUUCACGGUCCAUCGAACAUCUAACGUACUGACUCUUUCACUGAAGAGGUUCGCCAACUUCAGCGGAGGAAAAAUAACAAAGGAUGUUGGUUACCCAGAAUUUCUGAACAUCCGCCCAUACAUGUCUCAGAGCUCAGGUGAUCCUGUUAUGUACGGCCUCUAUGCCGUUCUGGUGCACUCUGGCUACAGUUGUCACGCUGGCCACUACUACUGCUAUGUCAAGGCAAGCAACGGUCAAUGGUACCAAAUGAAUGAUUCAAUGGUGCACUCUAGUAACAUCAAAGUGGUGUUGAACCAGCAGGCUUACGUGCUUUUCUACCUGAGGAUCCCUGAAACCAAGAAGAACGCAGAUGGACAGACCACCAAGCAGGGGAUGUUGCAUUCUGGGAAGAACAGUGCGUCAUCUGAACAGAUAAAAAGGGCCAACCUGAACGGGCCUCUCUCCUCCCCGCAGGUCACAAAGAAACUUGAGCCUGCACAACUGCGUAAGAUCCAGUCCAUGGAUGGUGGUCUGGGCCUUCCCAUUUCCAGGAACGGUGUGAGCUCUCAGCCACAGCCCAGACUUUCCAACUGGUCGUCAUCCACCAAUGGCCCCCCGAAGCUGCCAGGUGGACCCACGGUUAUCGAGGAGCCUUUCAAGAAGCUGAAGAAGCCCUCUCCCCAGAGCCAAGCGCAGUCCCGCAGCAGCACUCCGACCCCCUCCAACAACGGGCUCAGCAGGACGGAGGGAGAUAAAAAGCAAGGUGGCGAGGGCAGAGGCAUGUCAGCGUCUACCUCAUUUAAGUCUUUGUCUGACUCUUCCUCUGCCGACACCACUGACUCAAAGGACUCCGUGGGUACCAAAAGUGCGCCAGUAGGAGAAACCCCCUCCACCCCACGGAAAGGCUCUAACGGCCUGGCUUCUCCAGCCAAGAGCGUGGAGCGCUCUCACAGCACGGAGGAGCAGAAGACGGCAAAAAUAAAACCCCCGGCCCUCAACAACAUCACGACUGAAGCCACCAGCACCAUGUCACCUCCACCUGCCAAGAAACUGGCCCUGUCAGCCAAGAAGGCUCGCAGCUGGAGUCCGAGCAGCAUUGAUGCUCUGCGCCCUUUGCCACGCCAGCUGUCCAGUGACCCCACGCAUCAAAAUCAACUUAACCCCCUCACCUUUGCCUCACCUCCUCACACUCACAGAGCUAGUCCAUUCCAUUCAACAAAAGUCCAGUCAUCGCCUUUUGCCCACUCAAGUGGAUCCAUCAAACAGCAGAGCCCUCAGAAACAGUCCCUUCUCUCCACACUGCAAAAACCAAACGCCAGCCUUUCUCUUAAAACCAACGGGCUUCACAGUGCCGUCCCAAAGAGCCCCAAGUCUUCCAAGAACCUCAGCUCCUCCUCGGUCCAAGAACCAGACCUCAGCAGCGCUCCAGGUCAAAAGCUCAACCAAAAGAAGAAGAAGAAAAAGAAGCGUCGGCAUUCCGAGGUGGAGGCCGACCCAGAGCCAGUGACGUCCCCAGCUACAGCGACGCAGGCCAACCCCGAGGAGUCAGCCAGUGAGAAGAAGAGGAAGAAGAAAAAGAAAAAGCGAAAGAAGGAGCAUGAAAAUGGAGAGGAAGUUAAGGAGAGGGAGUGCGUCCUGUCUCACCUGGACACAUCAAACCAGGAAGAGGAAUGGUGUCAGGGCGGCAUGUGGAGUCUUGCAUCCAAUACAGAUACAGAACAGUCCAAGCAAAAGCUUCAGAUAGCCGGAGAACAGGAGAGGGACUCUGUAAAGCUGAAGAAGAAAAAGAAGAAGAAAAAGAAGAUGCAGCUGUUGGAGGCUCAGCAGGACAAGACUUCAGUGCCCUCUGCAUCAGAAAGCACUUCUGAGAUAAAGGCCACAGUUGUUGAGAAUGAUACAGGAAAUUUGAAAAUAUUGAAAAAGAAAUUAAAAGUGAAGAAGAAGAAGAGGCUAAAAGAAGAGGUGAGCCUGUGGGAGGAGAGCAGGCGAUGCUCAGACAGGCAGAACAAUGAGCCCGAAGCAGUGGAACCCCCUUCCAAAAAGAACGCCACAGAGAACGGCAAAAUCAGUAACAAAAGCACCGCCAGAGUGGUAGUGUGGGACAGCAAAGUUAAGGACGGCUACAAACGCAGCCAGGCGCCUGCAGCUGAAGUAAGUGAGUUAGAAGACACCUCGACUCGUGCUGCUCCUGUAUCCUGGGACGGGAAGAAGACGAGCGGGGUCGUAGAGGAGCUGCUCAGGAACGCCACUGAUAAGGCCUAUGGAGCCAACGUCCUCAGUUGGGAUGGAGAGGUCUCUGCUAUUAGUAGAGAUGCUGUUGAAGAUGUCCGCCAAGCCAAGUUUGACACUGUGAUCGACGAGUGGGAUGAAGAGUUUGACAGGGGAAAGGUGAAGAAAAUGAAAAACUAUAAAAGAGAGAAGUGGAGAAGUGGCAGCAACAUCUUCCAGAAGAUCCAGGACAGGCGGAGCAAGUGGUCUGUAACACCUGGAGGGAAGAGGGUUUUUGGAGUCCGUCGCUGAGAGUCCAGAUUCCUGUUGAGGUCAUGCUGACUGGAAAUCGAGACAACAAUACUGUACACCAAACUUCUGCACUCUUUUUUUAAUUUUAAUUUUUAACCUCUGUCUUGUGUUAAGAGCCAAAUUCAAAUGAAUUAGAUAGGAGUUAAAUCCCUUCAAUCUCAAUUUUAAAUGAAAUUUUGUCUUCAGGCUUCAGUACUGACCAAUUCUAUCCCCUUUUAAUCUGAAAACCACAGGAAGUGGUUCAAGCUUUUCUAUGCAUGCAAUACUAACAGAAUCCCGACACCUCCGUAUCAAAUGGAUAACUGUAUGUUGGCCUCCUUUGAGCCUUGGUUAUUGCCCCAUGAGUUUGAAAAUUAAUUACAACCUACUAUAUUUGAGCUGAGUAGACUAAGAAUGAGAAAGUAUAUCUGCAACUCUUUGGCUCUUUGAAACUGUACACACUCUCAGAGCAUAAUUCUGCAGAGAUAAGGGCUCAGUUGGACAUCAAAAACAUAAAACAUUCUCCUGAAAUAAUUCAAUACCAAAUGAAAAAGAUCCAAAACUCUUUAACAUAUAUUAUUUUAGAUUUCUGUAUGAUUUUCCUAUUUUAUAUCUUUAUCCGCCGACCUUUUAUUUUUUGCUGCAGUGUCUGUGCCAUGUGGCUCGUUUUUAAGGACCAAAUUUUGCCUGCAUAUUGUUGGUAAAAUUUAACUUUAAAAUUGCCACAAUUUUCUUAAUAUGCAUGUCUAAAUUGGUUAGAUGAUUUCUAAGGUGAAUUUUGUUCUUAGUUCUGCUUUUUUUUUUUUUUUUUUUUUUUUUGGUGGUGUACCCUUUUUUGUUCCUUGACAAGUUCAGUUUAUUACAGAUUUAAUGUGGAUUAAUUUUAGACCACAAAAGAGUUUAACUGUUUGUGAAAGUGUUGACAUUGGACAGUAUCAGUUUCAUCAUACUGUAUCUCUGCAUUUACCUGGAAUUUAUCGUUUUCUGAAAACUCAUAGUGCAAUGUGCAUUUUCCAGAGUAGAAGUUGGGGUUGUUGGGAGGAACUUGGACGUGAGUAGUUGUUUUCUACCAUGCACCUGUUUAACUAUGUAGCUCAUUUCAUCAGUCCAGCGUUCAGAAGCUCUCAGUCUGGAGAUUUGACCUUUCACAAACUGUUCACUUCACUAAUGUACUGAAAUAAAGGGGUCACGUUUUAUACUUCAGGCACUGUGUUAGAAUGGGACUGCCACAUGCUAAUAAUUUCUUUUCCCCUUGUAUCUUGUAUCUCUAUGCAAUUUUUCUGAUGCUCAUGCUGGUCACCUAGAAACUGGGCGAAGACUCAGGAACCCAGACAUCCUGUAUCCCGUCUUCAUCUCUGAUCAGAUUCCCCCUGUUUCAUAUUGAAGUAGUCCCCCUCCCGGGACCGCCAUUUUGCAUCCUGUACAUCCUGUAGAAACUGUUUUAUACAAAGUAUUUCAGGUGUGAAAACCAUGGGAUCAUCUUGCACCAACCCGGGCACAGAUGUGUAGAGAAACUAACGUUGUAACAAAAUGCUUUGCCAGCGUAGAAGCCUGUACAGUCCAUCUUGUGCUACCCGUUUCCCUCCAACGCUGUAAAGAUUUGCCCAUGCAUUUCUUUUCAUUCUAGAGAUGUUGCCUUGAAUUGGCUAUUUAAAAAAAAGAGUAUAGGAUUUAAUGUUAUAAAUACAUAAUUUAAAGAAAAGACACAGAUCUUUAAUGUGCUACUAAUACUUGGGUCAGUUGGUGGAUGUUAAAGAAUAACUCUGCAAAUGUGAUAGCUCAUUUAUGUGUAAGAUGAGUUUUCUGUCUUCAUGCAAGACCUUCCCUAUGUCACUGUAGUGUGUACAGUACAAGAGAGACUACAGCAGUCUAAUUUCCAUAGGACGUGUUUGUCGGCUGUGAAAUCGACGUAGAGGGUGUGACUCUCAAACUGACACCGAGGAACAUUUACCAGCGUGAAUGGACGGUCCACAUGUUUGCAUUGAUGGCUCUAUAUUUUGCACCACCUUUUCUGACCAGGGAAGAGUCCUUUCAUAAUGAAAGUGGCUCUUACCACACUAUAGUUAACUAUAAAGGUGCAAUAAAGUUGUGACUUUUGUGA